AUCUCCAUCUCUAUCUGUUGCUGCAUCUGUAACUCUCUCCCGUGAGAGUCUUGCGAGUGCGCUAGUGUGCGUGUCCGAGUGUGAGCGUGUGCUAAGCUUUUUGCUGUCGCCUAUCUGUGAGGGUAUUGGUGCUUCGGCCUGAACUAUGGUUCGCGUGUUCGUGUAUAAUAUAAGUACUUCGACAUUCCGCCGUGGAAACUAUGUGACAUACCAGUCCAGAUCCCAAUAAGCACCACAACGAAACAACGAAACAAAACGAUCUAUACCGCGAAAUAUUAUUAAUAACCCCUCUAAGGGCCAAGAGCAGCGACAAUUGUGAUUAACAAGCGAACCCCGACCCCAAAUUAGCCCCGAAAAGCAACCAGGUGCAACACCAGUCACUCAGUCUCUCAGCGAUUACCUCAUCUGUGUCAAAAUGGUAUCAAAAAGCAGUAAAAAGAAACAAGUGUCGCAGCAGCAGCAGCAGCCGUCAGCCACAUCGACCACAACCACAUCGUCGUCGGCUACGGCCACGAAGCUCACCAAGCAACUGGGACCCGACGCCACAGCGACCCUCACCACUAAGAGCAGCUCCACCUCGAUGGAGCACGAGUCCGUCUCGUACGGAGAGCCAGUGGCGAGCACCAUAUCCUCCACUCCUGUGCUGGCGGCCAGCACUGCAUCCUCGUCUCCCAUGCUUGCGGCUGGUGUCAGGAGCUACAGCAGCAGCAGCAAGAGCAAGGCAGCCAUGUCAAGCUCCCAAUCCUCAUACACAGAGAAAUCUCAGUCCAAGUUACAAUCCCAAUCCCAAUCCCAGUCGGAGCAGUUUAGCAGCAGCAGCAGCAGCAGCACCGCCAAGAUUUCCAGGGAUUACUCUAACGAAAAGAUCAUUUCCUCGAUCGAUCUGCUGGAGAGUGAGAAGAAGGAGCCAGUGUUCUCUGUCCCCAUCGAGGUGGUAGAGAUCACAACGCCCACGCUUUCCAUAUCAGCCAGCGGCGGCAGCCUCCCCAAGAUGUACACGUCCUCUUCCAUGUCUUCCAGUCAGCAGCGGCAGCAGCAGCAGGCGAGCAGCAGCUCCACUUACUUCGCCUCCACAACCAGUUCCAGCUCCAAUCGGUGCGCCAAUGAAACGCUCAUUGCAAGCGAGAGAGCCGACACAGCGGCUACCGGUAUGACAUCAUCCGGUGCGAGGAAACAGGUUAGCUUUGACACGAGCAGUAGCACCAAUACCAACAUCAGUGUUGAUAUCAAUACCAAUACCAAUACUAACACCAACACCAACACCAAGUGCAGCAGCAGCAGCAGCAGCAGCAAAAGCUUCAGUGAAUCUCAGAGCGUGCGAAAGCUGCCACCAGCCAGCGGAACAGCUGACGGGCCCACAUUGGUGACGUCAUCAAGUUUCCCCGAACCGGUUGCCGCGCCGUCUGCCGUGACCACAACAAAGGCGACGUCAUCCACCUCGCAGAACGAUAAACUGGAACAACUGUCGGGAACGAAAACAGUUGUGGACCACAACAAAGCCACUUCAUCGACAUCCAACAAAGAGGUCAGCGAGAGCACCACACGGAGCAGCUCGAGCAGCACCAAGCAGUCCACAUCGUCGUCCAAGAAGGAGGUGUAUGACGUAAAGACCAAGACCUGGACCGAGCUCAGCGAUGGCACCACCACCCAUCCAGGGGGCAACACAAGCAUGCCCACCUUUGAGCGGUACGUCAGCAAGGAGUCGGACGGUAGCUGCAAGGUGCCGUACAAGAAGAAGUUAUACGACAGGCGCAACAAUAGGUGGCGCGUGGUAGACGAACGGACUGUGGACAGCACCGAUGACCGGGGCUAUCCCGAAAUAGUUGAUGAUGUCAUCAACACAACCACCACAACAUACACCACCAAGGUGUACGACACGAAGCUCGGCAAGUGGACGGUCGUCGGCGAGAAGUCGUUCAGAGACAGCAAAGCUUUCGUGCCCAAUGACAUUGCUCGUGAAAUCGAGAAAGAUAAUACCGAUGUGGCAAACAUAACAACUACCACGGAGGUAACAAAGAUAUUCGAUGCGAGCAUCAACGAUUGGCGUGUUCUGGACGAGAAGGUGCACACGGAUGUCAUUGAGAAGAUUGUAGAGACCCCCAAGAAGACCAUCUACGUGGAUGAAUUUGUGGAGAUUGAGAAGAACACCUCGAUUUCGGAGAACAAUGAGAACAUAACCCUGAAUCUGAACGAAACAUCGAAACACAAAAAUAUUACCGAAAAUAUUUAUGAUGAAAUAGAUUAUGUGCGCACCGAUAAGAAACGCUUAGACGAUUCAAGAAACCGUGGAGUCGUCAAGAACAAAAAUACUACGCAUAGCGAGCGGUGCAUCUGUGAGAUCUGCACAUGCGGACGACAUCACUGCUCAACCAGCACAACUAAAUCAACAGAAAACACAAUCAUUGAAACCGAUGAUACCCUCGAGGAAGCAUACACAAGAGUACGUACAAAUACCUGGUCGAAGAGAGACAAUGGAAACAUUCCCAAGCCAAACGAAGACAUAUUAGUGUUCUACGUAGUUAUAAAGAAGCCAGAAGACAAUCUAAAGCCAGAAGGAGACUUCGUAGUCCCACCAAAAGAGCCAUACAAGCCCGGCGAGAGGCGUGAGAAAAUUGUGCACACUGACAAUUUCCGGACAGAGGGAGAAAUUACCUUCAACGAGAGGGAGGAGUAUCAAUACACCGUCCGUCCUGAAUAUAAGAAACCGAUGGACAACCUUAAGCCCGAGGGCGAGUUUUACAGCCCAGAGAAGCCGAAAUAUCAGCCUGGAGACCGCCCAACACAAGUACGACACAAGGAUAACUUGCGGCCUGAAGGUGACUUCUAUACGCCCGACAAGAAGGGCUAUACACCAACCGAUCGACCCACCCAAAAGAAACCCGUGGACAACCUCAAGCCGGAGGGAGAAUUCCUUACGCCGGAAAAACCCACCUAUCGGCCAGGAGAAAGACCAGAGAAAAUUAUUCGCAGCCACAACUUGCGCACCGAAGGAGAAAUGACUUUUGUGGAGAAGCAGGAAUACCAAUAUGUAGUUCGACCAGGACAAAUAAAACCUGAAGACAAUCUGAGACCUGAGGGAGAAUUCUACAGUCCCGAGAAACCCAAGUACAGACCUGGUGAACGUCCAUCGCAAGUCAGACCUGAAGACAAUCUCCGACCUGAGGGAAAGUUUUACACUCCGGAUAAACCUGGAUUCAGACCCGCUGAGAGACCAGUCCAAAAAAAACCCGUGGACAGUUUGAAGCCCGAAGGAGAGUUUACGAAGCCUGAGAAACAGGUUUACAAACCUGCUGAUAAGAACGAAAGGAUCAUUCGUAAGGACAACCUAUGUAGCGAAGGUGAAAUGACGUUCGUUGAGAAACAGGAGUAUCAAUACGUGGUACGACCCGAUCAAGUCAGACCCACGGAUAACCUGAAGCCCGAGGGUGACUUCUACAGUCCCGAAAAGCAGAAGUAUACGACAGGAGAACGUCCAACCCAAGUCAGACCUGAAGACAAUCUCCGACCUGAAGGAGAAUUCUACAGUCCCGAGAAACCCAAGUACAGACCAGGUGAAAGUCCAACGCAAGUCAGACCUGAAGACAAUCUCCGACCUGAGGGAGAGUUCUACACUCCGGAUAAACCUGGAUUCAGACCCGCGGAGAGACCAGUCCAAAAGAAACCCGUGGACAAUUUGAAGCCCGAAGGAGAGUUUACGAAGCCUGAGAAACAGGUUUACAAACCUGCUGAUAAGAACGAAAGGAUCAUUCGUAAGGACAACCUAUGUAGCGAAGGUGAAAUGACGUUCGUUGAGAAACAGGAGUAUCAAUACGUGGUACGACCCGAUCAAGUCAGACCCACGGAUAACCUGAAGCCCGAGGGUGACUUCUACAGUCCCGAAAAGCAGAAGUAUACGACAGGAGAACGUCCAACCCAAGUCAGACCUGAAGACAAUCUCCGACCUGAAGGAGAAUUCUACAGUCCCGAGAAACCCAAGUACAGACCAGGUGAAAGUCGAACGCAAGUCAGACCUGAAGACAAUCUCCGACCUGAGGGAGAGUUCUACACUCCGGAUAAACCUGGAUUCAGACCCGCGGAGAGACCAGUCCAAAAGAAACCCGUAGACAAUUUGAAGCCCGAAGGAGAGUUUACGAAGCCUGAGAAACAGGUUUACAAACCUGCUGAUAAGAACGAAAGGAUCAUUCGUAAGGACAACCUACGUAGCGAAGGUGAAAUGACGUUCGUUGAGAAACAGGAGUAUCAAUACGUGGUACGACCCGAUCAAGUCAGACCCACGAAUAACCUGAAGCCCGUGGGUGACUUCUACAGUCCCGAAAAGCAGAAGUAUACGCCAGGAGAACAUCCAACCCAAGUCAGACCUGAAGACAAUCUCCGACCUGAGGGAGAAUUCUACAGUCCCGAGAGACCCAUGUACAGACCAGGUGAACGUCCAACGCAAGUCAGACCUGAAGACAAUCUCCGACCUGAAGGAGAGUUCUACACUCCGGAUAAACCUGGAUUCAGACCCGCUGAGAGACCAGUCCAAAAGAAACCCGUGGACAAUUUGAAGCCCGAAGGAGAGUUUACGAAGCCUGAGAAACAGGUUUACAAACCUGCUGAUAAGAACGAAAGGAUCAUUCGUAAGGACAACCAACGUAGCGAAGGUGAAAUGACGUUUGUUGAGAAACAGGAGUAUAAAUACGUGGUACGACCCGAUCAAGUCAGACCCACGGAUAACCUGAAUCCCGAGGGUUACUUCUACAGUCCCGAAAAGCAGAAGUAUACGCCAGGAGAACGUCCAACCCAAGUCAGACCUGAAGACAAUCUCCGACCUGAGGGAGAAUUCUACAGUCCCGAGAAACCCAAGUACAGACCAGAUGAACGUCCAUCGCAAGUCAGACCUGAAGACAAUCUCCGACCUGAGGGAGAGUUCUACACUCCGGAUAAACCUGGAUUCAAACCAGCUGAGAGGCCUGUCCAGAAGAAGCCGGAGGAUAAUCUGAAACCCGAGGGAGAUUUCUACAGUCCCGAAAAGCAGAAGUACACGCCAGGAGAACGUCCAAUCCAGGUCAGACCUGAAGACAAUCUGAGACCUGAGGGAGAAUUCUACAGCCCCGAGAAACCCAAGUACAGACCUGGUGAACGUCCAUCGCAAGUCAGACCUGAAGACAAUAUCCGACCUGAGGGAAAGUUUUACACUCCGGAUAAACCUGGAUUCAGACCCGCUGAGAGACCAGUCCAAAAAAAAACCGUGGACAAUUUGAAGCCCGAAGGAGAGUUUACGAAGCCUGAGAAACAGGUUUACAAACCUGCUGAUAAGAACGAAAGGAUCAUUCGUAAGGACAACCUAUGUAGCGAAGGUGAAAUGACGUUCGUUGAGAAACAGGAGUAUCAAUACGUGGUACGACCCGAUCAAGUCAGACCCACGGAUAACCUGAAUCCCGAGGGUGACUUCUACAGUCCCGAAAAGCAGAAGUAUACGCCAGGAGAACGUCCAACCCAAGUCAGACCUGAAGACAAUCUCCGACCUGAGGGAGAAUUCUACAGUCCCGAGAAACCCAAGUACAGACCAGGUGAACGUCCAACGCAAGUCAGACCUGAAGACAAUCUCCGACCUGAAGGAGAGUUCUACACUCCGGAUAAACCUGGAUUCAGACCCGCUGAGAGACCAGUCCAAAAGAAACCCGUGGACAAUUUGAAGCCCGAAGGAGAGUUUACGAAGCCUGAGAAACAGGUUUACAAACCUGCUGAUAAAAACGAAAGGAUCAUUCGUAAGGACAACCUACGAAGCGAAGGUGAAAUGACGUUCGUUGAGAAAGCGGAGUAUCAAUACGUGGUACGACCCGAUCAAGUCAGACCCACGGAUAACCUGAAGCCCGAGGGUGACUUCUACUGUCCCGAAAAGCAGAAGUAUACGCCAGGAGAACGUCCAACCCAGGCCAGACCUGAAGACAAUCUGAGACUUAAGGGAGAAUUCUACAGUCCCGAGAAACCCAUGUACAGACCAGGUGAACGUCCAACGCAAGUCAGACCUGAAGACAAUCUCCGACCUGAAGGAGAGUUCUACACUCCGGAUAAACCUGGAUUCAGACCCGCUGAGAGACCAGUCCAAAAGAAACCCGUGGACAAUUUGAAGCCCGAAGGAGAGUUUACGAAGCCUGAGAAACAGGUUUACAAACCUGCUGAUAAGAACGAAAGGAUCAUUCGUAAGGACAACCAACGUAGCGAAGGUGAAAUGACGUUUGUUGAGAAACAGGAGUAUAAAUACGUGGUACGACCCGAUCAAGUCAGACCCACGGAUAACCUGACCGAGGGUGACUUCUACAAUCCCGAAAAGCAGAAGUAUACGCCAGGAGAACGUCCAACCCAAGUCAGACCUGAAGACAAUCUCCGACCUGAGGGAGAAUUCUACAGUCCCGAGAAACCCAAGUACAGACCAGAUGAACGUCCAUCGCAAGUCAGACCUGAAGACAAUCUCCGACCUGAGGGAGAGUUCUACACUCCGGAUAAACCUGGAUUCAAACCAGCUGAGAGGCCUGUCCAGAAGAAGCCGGAGGAUAAUCUGAAACCCGAGGGAGAUUUCUACAGUCCCGAAAAGCAGAAGUAUACGCCAGGAGAACGUCCAACCCAGGCCAGACCUGAAGACAAUCUGAGACUUAAGGGAGAAUUCUACAGUCCCGAGAAACCCAUGUACAGACCAGGUGAACGUCCAACGCAAGUCAGACCUGAAGACAAUCUCCGACCUGAAGGAGAGUUCUACACUCCGGAUAAACCUGGAUUCAGACCCGCUGAGAGACCAGUCCAAAAGAAACCCGUGGACAAUUUGAAGCCCGAAGGAGAGUUUACGAAGCCUGAGAAACAGGUUUACAAACCUGCUGAUAAAAACGAAAGGAUCAUUCGUAAGGACAACCAACGUAGCGAAGGUGAAAUGACGUUCGUUGAGAAAGAGGAGUAUCAAUACGUGGUACGACCCGAUCAAGUCAGAUUCACGGAUAACCUGAAGCCCGAGGGUGACUUCUACAGUCCCGAAAAGCAGAAGAAUACGCCAGAAGAACGUCCAACGCAAGUCAGACCUGAAGACAAUCUCCGACCUGAGGGAGAAUUCUACAGUCCCGAGAAACCCAAGUACAGACCAGGUGAACGUCCAACGCAAGUCAGACCUGAAGACAAUCUCCGACCUGAGGGAGAGUUCUACACUCCGGAUAAACCAGGAUUUAAACCCGCUGAAAGACCUGUCCAGAAGAAGCCGGAGGAUAAUCUGAAACCCGAGGGAGAUUUCUACAGUCCCGAAAAGCAGAAGUAUACGCCAGGAGAACGUCCAACCCAGGUCAGACCUGAAGACAAACUGAGACUUAAGGGAGAAUUCUACAGAACCGAGAAACCCAAGUACAUACCAGGUGAACGUCCAUCGCAAGUCAGACCUGAAGACAACCUCCGACCAGAGGGAGAGUUCUACACUCCGGAUAAACCUGGAUUCAAACCAGCUGAGAGACCAGUCCAAAAGAAACCCGUGGACAAUCUGAAGCCCGAAGGAGAGUUUACGAAGCCUGAGAAACAGGUUUACAAACCUGCUGAUAAAAACGAAAGGAUCAUUCGUAAGGACAACCUACGUAGCGAAGGUGAAAUGACGUUCGUUGAGAAACAGGAGUAUCAAUACGUGGUACGACCCGAUCAAGUCAGACCGACGGAUAACCUGAAGCCCGAGGGAGAAUUCUACAGUCCCGAGAAACCCAAGUACAGACCAGGUGAACGUCCUACGCAAGUCAAACCUGAAGACAAUCUCCGACCUGAGGGAGAGUUCUACACUCCGGAUAAACCUGGAUUUAAACCCGCUGAAAGACCUGUCCAGAAGAAGCCGGAGGAUAAUCUGAAACCCAAGGAAGAUUUCUACAGUCCCGAAAAGCAGAAGUACACGCCAGGAGAACGUCCAAUCCAGGUCAGACCUGAAGACAAUCUGAGACCUGAGGGAGAAUUCUACAGUCCCGAGAAACCCAAGUACAGACCUGGUGAACGUCCAUCGCAAGUCAGACCUGAAGACAAUCUCCGACCUGAGGGAAAGUUUUACACUCCGGAUAAACCUGGAUUCAAACCAGCUGAGAGGCCUGUCCAGAAGAAGCCGGAGGAUAAUCUGAAACCCGAGGGAGAUUUCUACAGUCCCGAAAAGCAGAAGUACACGCCAGGAGAACGUCCAAUCCAGGUCAGACCUGAAGACAAUCUGAGACCUGAGGGAGAAUUCUACAGUCCCGAGAAACCCAAGUACAGACCUGGUGAACGUCCAUCGCAAGUCAGACCUGAAGACAAUCUCCGACCUGAGGGAAAGUUUUACACUCCGGAUAAACCUGGAUUCAGACCCGCUGAGAGACCAGUCCAAAAGAAACCCGUGGACAAUUUGAAGCCCGAAGGAGAGUUUACGAAGCCUGAGAAACAGGUUUACAAACCUGCUGAUAAGAACGAAAGGAUCAUUCGUAAGGACAACCAACGUAGCGAAGGUGAAAUGACGUUUGUUGAGAAACAGGAGUAUAAAUACGUGGUACGACCCGAUCAAGUCAGACCCACGGAUAACAUGAAUCCCGAGGGUGACUUCUACAAUCCCGAAAAGCAGAAGUAUACGCCAGGAGAACGUCCAACCCAAGUCAGACCUGAAGACAAUCUCCGACCUGAGGGAGAAUUCUACAGUCCCGAGAAACCCAAGUACAGACCAGAUGAACGUCCAUCGCAAGUCAGACCUGAAGACAAUCUCCGACCUGAGGGAGAGUUCUACACUCCGGAUAAACCUGGAUUCAAACCAGCUGAGAGGCCGGUCCAGAAGAAGCCGGAGGAUAAUCUGAAACCCGAGGGAGAUUUCUACAGUCCCGAAAAGCAGAAGUACACGCCAGGAGAACGUCCAAUCCAGGUCAGACCUGAAGACAAUCUGAGACCUGAGGGAGAAUUCUACAGUCCCGAGAAACCCAAGUACAGACCUGGUGAACGUCCAACGCAAGUCAGACCUGAAGACAAUCUCCGACCUGAGGGAGAGUUCUACACUCCGGAUAAACCAGGAUUUAAACCCGCUGAAAGACCUGUCCAGAAGAAGCCGGAGGAUAAUCUGAAACCCGAGGGAGAUUUCUACAGUCCCGAAAAGCACAAGUAUACGCCAGGAGAACGUCCAACCCAGGUCAGACCUGAAGACAAACUGAGACUUAAGGGAGAAUUCUACAGAACCGAGAAACCCAAGUACAUACCAGGUGAACGUCCAUCGCAAGUCAGACCUGAAGACAACCUCCGACCAGAGGGAGAGUUCUACACUCCGGAUAAACCUGGAUUCAAACCAGCUGAGAGACCAGUCCAAAAGAAACCCGUGGACAAUCUGAAGCCCGAAGGAGAGCUUACGAAGCCUGAGAAACAGGUUUACAAACCUGCUGAUAAAAACGAAAGGAUCAUUCGUAAGGACAACCUACGUAGCGAAGGUGAAAUGACGUUCGUUGAGAAACAGGAGUAUCAAUACGUGGUACGACCCGAUCAAGUCAGACCGACGGAUAACCUGAAGCCCGAGGGAGAAUUCUACAGUCCCGAGAAACCCAAGUACAGACCAGGUGAACGUCCAACGCAAGUCAAACCUGAAGACAAUCUCCGACCUGAGGGAGAGUUCUACACUCCGGAUAAACCUGGAUUUAAACCCGCUGAAAGACCAGUCCAGAAGAAGCCGGAGGAUAAUCUGAAACCCAAGGAAGAUUUCUACAGUCCCGAAAACCAGAAGUAUACGCCAGGACAACAGUCAACCCAGGUCAGACCUGAAGACAAUCUGAGACCUGAGGGAGAAUUCUACAGUCCCGAGAAACCCAAGUACAGACCAGGUGAACGUCCAACGCAAGUCAGACCUGAAGACAAUCUCCGACCUGAGGGAGAGUUCUACACUCCGGAUAAACCAGGAUUCAGACUCGCUGAGAGGCCUGUUCAGAAGAAGCCGGAGGAUAAUCUGAAACCCGAGGGAGAUUUCUGCAGUCCCGAAAAGCAGAAGUAUACGCCAGGAGAACGUCCAACCCAAGUCAGACCUGAAGACAAUCUGCGACCUGAGGGACAAUUCUACAGUCCCGAGAAACCCAAGUACAGACCAGGUGAACGUCCAGCGCAAGUGAGACCUGAAGACAAUCUCCGACCUGAGGGAGAGUUCUACACUCCGGAUAAACCUGGAUUCAAACCAGCUGAGAGGCCUGUCCAGAAGAAGCCGGAGGAUAAUCUGAAACCCGAGGGAGAUUUCUACAGUCCCGAAAAGCAGAAGUACACGCCAGGAGAACGUCCAAUCCAGGUCAGACCUGAAGACAAUCUGAGACCUGAGGGAGAAUUCUACAGUCCCGAGAAACCCAAGUACAGACCUGGUGAACGUCCAUCGCAAGUCAGACCUGAAGACAAUCUCCGACCUGAGGGAAAGUUUUACACUCCGGAUAAACCUGGAUUCAGACCCGCAGAGAGACCAGUCCAAAGGAAACCCGUGGACAAUUUGAAGCCCGAAGGAGAGUUUACGAAGCCUGAGAAACAGGUUUACAAACCUGCUGAUAAGAACGAAAGGAUCAUUCGUAAGGACAACCAACGUAGCGAAGGUGAAAUGACGUUUGUUGAGAAACAGGAGUAUAAAUACGUGGUACGACCCGAUCAAGUCAGACCCACGGAUAACCUGAAUCCCGAGGGUGACUUCUACAAUCCCGAAAAGCAGAAGUAUACGCCAGGAGAACGUCCAACCCAAGUCAGACCUGAAGACAAUCUCCGACCUGAGGGAGAAUUCUACAGUCCCGAGAAACCCAAGUACAGACCAGAUGAACGUCCAUCGCAAGUCAGACCUGAAGACAAUCUCCGACCUGAGGGAGAGUUCUACACUCCGGAUAAACCUGGAUUCAAACCAGCUGAGAGGCCGGUCCAGAAGAAGCCGGAGGAUAAUCUGAAACCCGAGGGAGAUUUCUACAGUCCCGAAAAGCAGAAGUACACGCCAGGAGAACGUCCAAUCCAGGUCAGACCUGAAGACAAUCUGAGACCUGAGGGAGAAUUCUACAGUCCCGAGAAACCCAAGUACAGACCUGGUGAACGUCCAUCGCAAGUCAGACCUGAAGACAAUCUCCGACCUGAGGGAAAGUUUUACACUCCGGAUAAACCUGGAUUCAGACCCGCUGAGAGACCAGUCCAAAAAAAAAACGUGGACAAUUUGAAGCCCGAAGGAGAGUUUACGAAGCCUGAGAAACAGGUUUACAAACCUGCUGAUAAGAACGAAAGGAUCAUUCGUAAGGACAACCAACGUAGCGAAGGUGAAAUGACGUUCGUUGAGAAACAGGAGUAUCAAUACGUGGUACGACCCGAUCAAGUCAGACCCACGGAUAACCUGAAUCCCGAGGGUGACUUCUACAGUCCCGAAAAGCAGAAGUAUACGCCAAGAGAACGUCCAACCCAAGUCAGACCUGAAGACAAUCUCCGACCUGAGGAAGAAUUCUACAGUCCCGAGAAACCCAUGUACAGACCAGGUGAACGUCCAACGCAAGUCAGACCUGAAGACAAUCUCCGACCUGAAGGAGAGUUCUACACUCCGGAUAAACCUGGAUUCAGACCCGCUGAGAGACCAGUCCAAAAGAAACCCGUGGACAAUUUGAAGCCCGAAGGAGAGUUUACGAAGCCUGAGAAACAGGUUUACAAACCUGCUGAUAAGAACGAAAGGAUCAUUCGUAAGGACAACCAACGUAGCGAAGGUGAAAUGACGUUUGUUGAGAAACAGGAGUAUAAAUACGUGGUACGACCCGAUCAAGUCAGACCCACGGAUAACCUGAAGCCCGAGGGUGACUUCUACAGUCCCGAAAAGCAGAAGUAUACGCCAGGAGAACGUCCAACCCAAGUCAGACCUGAAGACAAUCUCCGACCUGAGGGAGAAUUCUACAGUCCCGAGAAACCCAAGUACAGACCAGGUGAACGUCCAUCGCAAGUUAGACCUGAAGACAAUCUCCGACCUGAGGGAGAGUUCUACACUCCGGAUAAACCUGGAUUCAAACCAGCUGAGAGGCCUGUCCAGAAGAAGCCGGAGGAUAAUCUGAAACCCGAGGGAGAUUUCUACAGUCCCGAAAAGCAGAAGUAUACGCCAGGAGAACGUCCAACCCAAGUUAGACCUGAAGACAAUCUGAGACCUGAGGGAGAAUUCUACAGAACCGAGAAACCCAAGUACAGACCAGGUGAACGUCCAUCGCAAGUCAGACCUGAAGACAACCUCCGACCAGAGGGAGAGUUCUACACUCCGGAUAAACCUGGAUUCAAACCAGCUGAGAGGCCGGUACAGAAGAAACCCGUGGACAAUCUGAAGCCCGAAGGAGAGUUUACGAAGCCUGAGAAACAGGUUUACAAACCUGCUGAUAAAAACGAAAGGAUCAUUCGUAAGGACAACCUACGUAGCGAAGGUGAAAUGACGUUCGUUGAGAAAGAGGAGUAUCAAUACGUGGUACGACCCGAUCAAGUCAGAUCCACGGAUAACCUGAAGCCCGAGGGUGACUUCUACAGUCCCGAAAAGCAGAAGAAUACGCCAGAAGAACGUCCAACGCAAGUCAGACCUGAAGACAAUCUCCGACCUGAGGGAGAAUUCUACAGUCCCGAGAAACCCAAGUACAGACCAGGUGAACGUCCAACGCAAGUCAGACCUGAAGACAAUCUCUGACCUGAGGGAGAGUUCUACACUCCGGAUAAACCAGGAUUUAAACCAGCUGAGAGGCCUGUCCAGAAGAAGCCGGAGGAUAAUCUGAAACCCGAGGGAGAUUUCUACAGUCCCGAAAAGCAGAAGUAUACGCCAGGAGAACGUCCAACCCAAGUUAGACCUGAAGACAAUCUGAGACCUGAGGGAGAAUUCUACAGAACCGAGAAACCCAAGUACAGACCAGGUGAACGUCCAUCGCAAGUCAGACCUGAAGACAACCUCCGACCAGAGGGAGAGUUCUACACUCCGGAUAAACCUGGAUUCAAACCAGCUGAGAGGCCGGUCCAGAAGAAACCCGUGGACAAUCUGAAGCCCGAAGGAGAGUUUACGAAGCCUGAGAAACAGGUUUACAAACCUGCUGAUAAAAACGAAAGGAUCAUUCGUAAGGACAACCUACGUAGCGAAGGUGAAAUGACGUUCGUUGAGAAAGAGGAGUAUCAAUACGUGGUACGACCCGAUCAAGUCAGAUCCACGGAUAACCUGAAGCCCGAGGGUGACUUCUACAGUCCCGAAAAGCAGAAGAACACGCCAGAAGAACGUCCAACGCAAGUCAGACCUGAAGACAAUCUCCGACCUGAGGGAGAAUUCUACAGUCCCGAGAAACCCAAGUACAGACCAGGUGAACGUCCAACGCAAGUCAGACCUGAAGACAAUCUCUGACCUGAGGGAGAGUUCUACACUCCGGAUAAACCAGGAUUUAAACCCGCUGAAAGACCUGUCCAGAAGAAGCCGGAGGAUAAUCUGAAACCCGAGGGAGAUUUCUACAGUCCCGAAAAGCAGAAGUAUUCGCCAGGAGACCGUCCAACCCAGGUCAGACCUGAAGACAAUCUGAGACUUAAGGGAGAAUUCUACAGAACCGAGAAACCCAAGUACAUACCAGGUGAACGUCCAUCGCAAGUCAGACCUGAAGACAACCUCCGACCAGAGGGAGAGUUCUACACUCCGGAUAAACCUGGAUUCAAACCAGCUGAGAGACCAGUCCAAAAGAAACCCGUAGACAAUUUGAAGCCCGAAGGAGAGUUUACGAAGCCUGAGAAACAGGUUUACAAACCUGCUGAUAAGAACGAAAGGAUCAUUCGUAAGGACAACCUACGUAGCGAAGGUGAAAUGACGUUCGUUGAGAAACAGGAGUAUCAAUACGUGGUACGACCCGAUCAAGUCAGACCCACGAAUAACCUGAAGCCCGAGGGUGACUUCUACAGUCCCGAAAAGCAGAAGUAUACGCCAGGAGAACAUCCAACCCAAGUCAGACCUGAAGACAAUCUCCGACCUGAGGAAGAAUUCUACAGUCACGAGAAACCCAUGUACAGACCAGGUGAACGUCCAACGCAAGUCAGACCUGAAGACAAUCUCCGACCUGAGGGAGAGUUCUACACUCCGGAUAAACCUGGAUUCAGACCCGCUGAGAGACCAGUCCAAGUCAGACCUGAAGACAAUCUCUGACCUGAGGGAGAGUUCUACACUCCGGAUAAACCUGGAUUCAAACCAGCUGAGAGGCCGGUCCAGAAGAAACCCGUGGACAAUCUGAAGCCCGAAGGAGAGUUUACGAAGCCUGAGAAACAGAUUUACAAGUCGGGCGACAGAACUACCAAGAUAAUCCAGAAGGACAACCUACGAACGGAAGGGGAAAUGACGUUUGUUGAGAAGAAGGAAUAUCAAUAUGUCGUACGACCAGAGCAAGUAAAACCAUCGGAUAACUUAAAGCCGGAAGGAGAGUUCUUCAGCCCCGACAAACCGAAAUACCAACCCGGCGAGCGGGUUACCGUUGUGCGGCAGAAGGAUAACUUAAAAGUGGAGGGAGAGUUUUACGCGCCUGACAAACCAGACUUCCAGCCUGCCGAAAGCCCCAAGCAAAAGAAGCCCCAUGAUAAUUUAAAACCAGAGGGGGAGAUUAUGCCAGAAAAAAUGAAAUACAAGCCCGCCGAUAAAGUUAAUAGAGUGGUUCACAAGGAUAAUCUGCGUUCUGAAGAAGAAAUGACUUUCACAGAGAAAACUGAAUAUCAACACGUCGUUAGACCCUCCCCGGUUAGGCCGGAGGACAAUCUGAAGACCUCGGGUAAGUUCUACGUACCAGAAAAGCCAGCAGUUACAAACGGGGAUCGCCCCGAGGCGGUAAGACCCAAGGAUAACCUGAAGCCAGAAGGGAUUAUGUACACCCCUGAAAAGCCGAAAUACGAGCCUGCCUCCCGACCAGAGCAGAAGAGGUAUGUGGACAACCUAAAGCCCGAGGGCACGAUGCACAUGCCUGAGAAGGAAGCGUUCAGGCCGGCAGAUAGAGUGACGACAGUCAUCAGAAAGGACAAUCUGAAGACCGAGGGGGAAAUGACCUUCACACAAAAGGACGUGUAUCAUCAUGUAAAGCGGCCCGAACAGGUGAAGCCGUGCGACAACCUGAAGGUCGAAGGAGAAUUCUUCACACCUGAUAAGAAACCCUUCUGUCCAGCCGAGCGGCCCGUCCAAAAGAAGCCAAAGGACAACUUGAAACCGGAGGGAGAGUUCUACAGGCAAAGCGACCGCACGGAGACCGACAGCACAACGGUAGAAACUACAAAACGAGAGACCGCUAAGCGACCGGUGGAUAACCUCAAGCUGGAAGGUUCCAUGACAGUGAAGGAUGCUGUCAAGCAGGUGGAUUCCAACAGUCAGAACCCAGUGGACGGUCUUAUUGUUGUGUCCACCACGAAGGUGACCACCGUUAUAGGAGGCCUCCACAAGGAGCCCGAAACCGAGUACGUGAAGCGCCCAGCCAAGAUAAAAGUGAUCGAGAACGUGGCCAAAAACACUACGACCACGAACAUCGAGAACACCCAAAACAUCCAUAAAGAAACCACCGCGAUGCAGAGGAGCCACAGUGUCGUCGAGAAUAGUGCAGUGAACACUGUGAAUACUGCAGUCCGUGGAUCGGACAUCUCCAGCAAGGCCCUCCAAACCAGCACUACGAAUCGUGGAGGUCAGAUCAGCAGGGACACUACUGGAGACUCCACCUCCCGUGUAGUGCCGAGAAAAACCGUCUCGAACAACAUAACUGGAGAUUCCACGACUCGAGUGGUCUCUGGAAAAACACUCACCAGCAACGUUACCGCAGACUCCACUUCAAAGGUAGUUUCCGGAUGGAACGUCUCCAGCAACAUCAUUGGAGAUUCAUCCACCCGUGUGGUGUCCGGAAGGAACGUCUCGAGCAACAUUACUGGGGAUUCAUCCGCUCGCAUGGUUUCUGGCAGAAACGUCACCACUAAUAUAACUGGUGACUCGUCUUCCCGCGUGGUAGCCGGUGGCCAAAACGUGAUUGAUGACUCAACAUCACGAGUGAUCUCGGGCGACAGGACUUCCAGCCACAACAUUGUUACCUGCAGCUCCACAUCCCAUACGAGCUCCUCCAAGCACUUCCAUCACCGCAAGAGCGAGUUCUCCUCGGAUGUCUCGAACACGAUCUUCCAUCGGAAGAACGCCGCCACCGACUCGGCUGCAGCCAAUGGCAGCAGUCUCACUUCAAACGGGAAGAUGAUGCGGAAGAGUAUUUUGAAUUUGCACGAGCAACCCUCCAGCACGCCCCAUGCCAGCAAUCGUCAGAGCUAUAGCAGCAUCCACCGGCAGAACCGGGAGUCGGACCAGAACACCAGCUUCUCCAGUGAGCGCCGCAGCUGCAGUGUACACAAGGAAAACAGGGAGAGCAACGUGAAGAACUCUUCGUCCAUGUCCCGAAUCAUUUUCGGAGGAAGCACUGCCACUGCCACAGACAACAGAUCAACUGUCACACGCACCCAAGUGUUGGGCGGUGGCAUCGAUUUUCCCUCCCAAUCUCACACCCAUGUGGGAGCCCAUGGCAGGCGCCAUGUAUCCACCUCCAGCGGCGGCAUCGAUUUUCCCUCAUACAGUGCCCACGGACACACCGAACGGGUGGUCACCCGUAGGGGCAACCAGUCCUCCAUCAGCCUCGGCAACGACACAAAGUGUACGGGAUCGAGUCAGUACAAGAGCGAAUACAUCACAGCCCCGAGCACCACCUGUGCAGUGCAUAAUAUUAAGAAAGGUGCAUUCCAACAUACCAGGAGUACUCAAGAACACAAGUUUUUCAAGACCUCAAACUAACGAUUAAUAACAUCCAUAUCAAAUCCCAUAUUAUAAGUUUCCAUGACAAUAUAUCUUUUAUACAAUAAACAAGCCGAUCCGAAAAUCCAGA